AUGUUUGGAAGCAAUGCCAGUUCACCGGAUUUAAGAAGACAUAGUGCCAUUUCGAUAAGUGAUAUGAGAAGAAGAGCUAGUUCUAAUCUGGGAAGUAUAAAUUUUAACAGAAAUUCUUUACCAAAAAUUGAACAACACAACAACAAUACCAAUACCAACACCAACAACACAUCUUUAUUAUCGCAAUCGUUGAAUGAUUCCGGAGUUAUCGAUGAUAAUGAACAUGCAAUUGAUGAAUCACCUUUUGGACCUUUGAAAAAUGUCACCACGAGGAAAACUUUUGCCUAUUUGAUUGCCAUUUUAAACAGUUGUUUCCCAGAUCAAGAUUUCACCAAUUUACAGCCAACAACGGAGAAUUUUUAUAGAAUAGAAUCACCAGAAGAAUUGGUGCACAGGUUUAAUAAUGUUUUACUUUCAUUAGGUAAAAAGGAAGAUAUAUUGAAUUGGAUAUGGGAUAUUAUAAAUUCAUAUAUGGAUGUUCUACCUUCGAAAAACUCGUCACCUUAUAUUGCUGCUCAAAAUAAUGGUGGCAGUAGACAUGGAUCAUUUUCAACACCAACAGGGAACAGUUCUCCUCCAUCUAACUCAUCAUACGAAACGUGUCAAAUCUAUCAGUUUCAACCUUCUGACGAAUCAAUUCUUGAAGAUUUGACCUAUCCGUAUCAACCAAUGUGGUCAUAUUAUUAUUUUAUUUACAACAAGAAGAAGAAAAGAGUCACUUUUAUCCAUAUUGCCGCAAUUAAUAAGGCAGAUUAUUCAAAUGGUAAUGGGAACCACGGUUCAAGGAAUUCAGAAAAUUCAUCUACAAGAGCCAAAGUGAUAAAUUCUGAUGAUGAAGAGGAAUAUGAUGUGAAUGAUGAAUAUGGAGCUGUAGUGGAUGAUGACGAAGAGAAUGAAGAUGUUGUUGGUGAUCUCGAAAUUUGA